UAUUCAAAUCUUGAAGGCGGCCCUGAAAGUCGCGCCAUGGCUUUACAUCAUGAGGGGAAUGAGGGGCAAUUUCUUCUAUCUCCGCUUCACUAUGAGUUUAUAAAACCCCAUAUAUCUGGAGAUACCUGAGAAAUUUUAAUAUUCAUCACUCAAGAUUCAAUCUCUUACGCCGAACAUGGAUCGACUUAUUCAUGCCAUCCGUACAACUCCACUGAUUGACAAUCAUGCUCAACCAUUACUUAUUCCUUCGUCUAAGUUCAAAUAUCCCCUAAUAAGCAUUACUACCGAGGCGAAUGGAGAUGCUCUAAAGGCCACCCAUUCAUCAUUGGCACACAUUCGAGCUACAAAUCAACUUGCCGAAAUUCUCGGCUGUCCGCAAACAUGGAGUGAUGUUACGAAAGCUAUCGCAAAAGAAAAUGAGAAGCCAGAUGAUGUUUGGGCGAAACGAUGUUUUGAAGGAAUCGAAACAAUUCUUCUCGAUGAUGGCUUGAAUACGGAUAAUGAUGCCUUCGACUAUUCUUGGCACGACAAACUAACAAGUAGUAAGUAUUUCAUCUUCCCCGCACCCGUAUAGAAGUUGUGUUACCUCGACACGGUACAUGUCAAUCCGUUCAAUACCUCGCUAAUCUUGGCUGUCGUAGGUAAGUGCAAGAGAAUAGUAAGAAUCGAAAGACUUGCGGCAGAUAUCGUGGACCAGAACCUCGAUUUGUUUGCUGUCUCCGAGGACGAAUUCUUUGCCUCUGUGCUUGAAGGGCUUCUGAAAGCCAUAAAUGAUGCUCUUUCUGACCCCGAUGUUGUCGCCUUUAAAUCAGUCAUCUGUUAUAUAUCAGGGCUUGAUAUUCCUCGGGCCUGCCCAUUAGAAGAGGUAAAAGUGUCGUUGUUGCAAUGUAUUAUGAAACAGAAGGCCGAAGGUCAUAGUCGUUUCAAAAGUUCCGAUGGCCAACUUCUGAACUCGUGGGCUGUUCACAUGACAGCUGGACUCGUUCAAGAAUCAAGAACAACUCACAAGAAGCCAAUUCAAUUCCACACUAGUUUGGGAGAUAACGACAUAACUCUCACUCGUUCUUCACCAUCCCAUCUACAAGGCUUUAUUCGCGAAUAUCCGGACGUUCCAAUCGUUCUGCUUCACGCGGGUUACCCGUGGACAAAAGAAACGGGAUAUUUAGCCACUGUAUACUCGAAUGUUUAUGCUGAUAUUGGGGAGGUGUUUCCUUGUGUAAGUCAAGAUGGCCAAGAAGCUGUUAUCCGCGAUCUCUUAGAGCUUUGUCCUUCACAAAAGAUCGUGUGGAGCACAGAUGGGCAUUGGUUUCCAGAAACAUAUUUGCUGGCGAAGAUUCAAUCUCGCGAAGCUUUCGGGAAGGUAGGGCACUUCAUUACCGCGCAACAACACAAUCUACGUCCAGUAAUACUGAAAAUCUCCAGGUACUCAUGGAAUAUGUCGACAAGAAAAUAAUGACUCUUACACAAGCGGUUAAACUUGUUGAAGAUGUGUUUUUUAACACAUCCAACGAACUUUAUGGUCUUCAAUUGAAAUUGAAGCAAACAGGAACACGAGUGGUUGAGCGACUUGCUAAUGGAGUGGGUGCGGUUAAACAGACAAAUGGGAUCAACAGAACCAACAACUUCAGCGCCACUAAGAGCGUCAAUGACAUCAACAAUUUCCAUCAACUGAACUCGAACAACAACAAUAGCGGGGUCAAGAGUGCCAAUGGCGCAAAACUUUUAAAACAUCCAUCGGACCUUGAGACCUUUGAAUUGUUCAUGGCAAACCACCCAGACGUUAAGUUUCUGCGUGUACAAUACAUCGACUACUGCUCGCUCACUCGAUUGCGGAUUUUACCCAUGAAACGUGUCCGUGAGCUUCUGUGCGACAAAAAUGGUGAUGUAUCCAUCGGAAUCACUAAUAGUAGCUUAACACUGACGCCAGUUGAUCACCGUAUUGAUUCCAUUUCUCCCAGAGGGGUUCUCAGGCUUUUAACUGCUGUUGUCUCUUCAAUGCGUCCCGGUCCAUGUCAUGGCUAUGCUUCGGCUCAAGCAGAACUCCGCAACCAGGACAACACUCCGCUGGAUGUAUGUCCCAGAACCACCCUGAGAAACAUUGUGAACAAAGCAAAGAAUCACGGUCUUGAAUUUCUCGUUGGCUUUGAGCUUGAAAUUGUGUUUAUGAAGGGCACACUCAAUGAAGAAAACACAAUCAAGUUUGGUCCUCUUCCGGGUGCGGAUUCUCAUUGUUGGGGAUCCAAUAAUGCCCUUCCCCAUGCUAUCAGAGACGUUGUGGGUGAAAUAGUGGAUACAUUUUCAAAUGCUGGUAUUGAUAUUGAACAAUGGCAUCCAGAGUCGGCCACUGGCCAAUUUGAGUUUGUCCUACCUGCUUGCGCACCCCUUGAGGCCACAGAUAUGCUUUUACAGGCCCGCGAAAUCAUCACUACGAUUGCGGAAAAUCAUGGAUGGCGCGCCACACUACACCCCAAACCUAUCCCAGACAGAAUAGGUACGGGAGCACAUGUUCACGUUUCCAUACCUACCCCAGAAGGUGAGAAGGAAGAAACUUAUACGCAUUUCUAUGCUGGAAUAUUGAAACAUCUUCGAUCAAUUACGGCUUUGACUUAUAGUAACGCAGCGAGCUACGACCGUAUGUCUGCAGCUGGUGGUUUUGCUGGCAGUACUUGGGUGACUUGGGGUACGCAAAACCGAGAAACCCCACUACGAAAAAUCGACGGAUCGCACUGGGAAAUAAGGUGUUUGGAUGGCCUUGCCAACAUCUAUUUGGCCUUAGCAGCAAUGAUUGGCGCCGGUGUAGAAGGUGUGAUUGCAAAAGAAAAGAUGAUAUGGCUUGAUUGCGAUAUGUGUCCUGCUAAGUUGAGCCAGGCAGAUAGAGAUGAUUACAAUAUCAAAGAAAUGUUGCCGAGUAGCUUGGAGGAGGCGCUUGCCUGUCUCAAAAGCGACCAAGGCAUGUAUAGGAUACUUGGUGAGGCAGUAGUGGUUACAUAUAUUGCAAUGAAACGGGCGGAGCUGGAGCUCAUGAAGCCCAUGAACGAUGAACAGAGGAGAAACUGGAUAAUCGAGAGAUAUUAAGAAGCAGGAUAGUAUUUUCACAAACCCCUGGCUCAAGGACAUGAGUCUCGGCUGCUGUUGCUAGUGCUUUUGCGGCACAUCUGGAUAUUGGUGUGAUGAUGGGUUGGAAACCCGCUUAAGGAUAUUGAAGCAUUGUUGGCAGUUAUGCUUUUGAAUUUAAGGGUGGCCGAAGGAGCACGUAUUUC